GUGUGCUAGGUCCGGCAGCGCUUGACAUGGUGAGCUUAUCCUUUCUCCAGAUAUGUUGCGUAAUGCGGGGAAUGUUGAGUUGAUAUAGCAGCAGCAGAUGUUGGCUCAGUCAACACAGUCGAUCAUAGGACCCAAUCCAAUCCUCACUCUGAACAACCUGUGGUAUGUUGCAGUGUAUCUCUCAAGAUGGAUAUAGAAGAAUGAAGGUGGAGGCCGACUGAUGAGAAGACAACUUCACUGAACUGGUGCUGGACAUGAUGCCUUAAUAUCUCUGGAGAUGAAGAGCUUUAAAUCCAAAAAUGGCAAUGCACCAUGCUUUGAUGCUUCUAUUUUUUACUCAAUGGACGGCGGUUGAGCUAGCUGAGAUGCAUGAAGACUGCAUCUCAAAGCGCGAGCGGGUCAUUAUCAACGCAGACAAGACAUGGCCUGAGGGUCAGUUCAUGCUCACCAUGCAUAAAUACCAUCUUGCCAUUGGCUACAAUCUGUUUCAGAAUGAAAUGUUUUCUAUUUAA